AUGCAUACCCUUAACGGCAAGGGAGACGGAGUUUAUCGAAGAAUGUUAUUUUGCUCAUUUAAGGACGUCCAAUUGAUUUCUAUAACUAUUCUUGGUCUCUUAUUUAAUAUACUAAUCUACGUAUUUCCUUCGCAGGUUUACAGUCCAGAACAAGGACGUUGGACUGAAUUGGGAGCUCUCGAUGUUAUGCAGAUGUUGGGACGAGCCGGUCGUCCUCAAUACGAUACCAAGGGUGAGGGAAUUUUGAUAACAAACCACACCGAAUUGCAGUACUAUCUUAGUCUGAUGAAUCAACAGUUGCCCAUUGAAUCGCAAUUAUUGUCAAGGCUGCCAGACAUCUUGAAUGCGGAGAUUGUCCUUGGAACCGUGACCAACGUUCGCGAGGCGGUAACUUGGCUCGGCUACACUUAUCUAUAUAUCAGAAUGUUGCGUAAUCCAUCUCUGUAUGGUGUGCCAGUCGGCAGCGAAUACUCAGAUCCGUGGCUUGAGCAGCGUCGACGUGAUCUCAUUCACACGGCUGCUCUCGUCCUAGAAAAGAGUCAGUUGGUGCGCUAUGAUCGACGCUCUGGCAGUCUUAUUUCUACCGAACUGGGUCGAAUAGCCUCCCUCUAUUAUCUAACACAUGAAACUAUGUCAUCCUACAACAAACUUCUUCGUGCUGGACUUGGCGAGAUUGAGUUAUUCCGAGUUUUCGCUGCUAGUUCGGAGUUCAGGCAGAUUACCGUUAGACAAGAGGAAAAAUUCGAAUUGGCUAAACUGCUUGAACGCGUGCCAAUACCUAUUAAAGAGGCUGCUGAUGAACCUGCAGCUAAAGUCAACUGUCUUUUGCAGACCUACAUUUCUGGUAAUCAAACUAGUCAGAAUUUUUCUUUCGGGCAUAACCUUAAUGAUAAACACGAUUUUCCUCAAAUGAAUUUUGAAAGAUCUGAUACACUAAAGAUUUAA